GUUUGCCUCCCCCAAAAAGGGUGGAAGGAUAAUGAUUGUGAAAGACUGAAGUGCGCCCGUUUUGCAACGAUGAUAAGCAGCAAUAGCAGCAUUACCAAUAGCAGCAGUUAGGAGACAGAAAUGGUGCCAACGACAACGAUGAUGGCCAACGCCAACGGUGCUGGCUACGGCGGAUCCGCCGGAAACGUGGUGCCCCAGGCGGGCCAAACUUCGUCCUUUGGUGGACCGCCGCUGUCGGAGGGGGAGAAACUUUCCGCCCGCAAGGCGCGUAAGGAGGCGGAGCGGCAGAAGAAGCAGGCCAAAAAGUACGAGGAGCAGCUGAAGAAGAUUCGCGGUCCGAAAAGCCAAAAGUUGCAGAUCAUCGACGAGAGCUUCCUGGAAAAGUACCAGAACGUGCAAUCGCUACCGCCGGGGCCCACCCUGAAGACAAAGAAGCGCUCCAAGAAAGCUCCCACCGAUGUGGUGCAGAUCAAUCUAUCGGAAUGCAUCCGCGAACAGCUGGCCGGUGGUGACCGGACCGAGCACAUACCGAUCGUACCAAUCGUCCCGAUCGUGCCGCAGCGACCGAUGCUGGUCCUGCACAAGGGUAAGCAGCGCGAAGUGCCAAAGGAGAAGAAACCUACACGACUGAAGAAGGACAUACUGAGAAGCCGUUCGGAAAAGUCCGCUGCCGUUGGCGUUGAAGCAGAAACCGAGCAAUCGGCUGAGGGAGGAUCAGCACCAUCGACCUCUGGCGGUCCCGUUGGCGGUGAGCCCACUUUGGAGGUGGUCAAGCCUAAGCAAGUGCAUGAACAGCCGCCCCUGGUGGAUUCACCGUUCUUGAAGGCCAUCGAACGGUGCUGCAUCAACGAUGGUCCACCACCGAGCAACCGCGAGUCGAGCGAGUACCAGAACGGGUUUCCAUCGCUUCGCACGUCCAUGUCACUUAAAUCAUCGGCCCAUCGGCAUUCGAGGAAUUUUCGACCGUACUGCGAUCAUCUCAUUACGGAUGAUCUGCGUGAUCUAGCCGAAGAGGUGGUGGUGAAACUGUUUCAGUUUCAAUCGAAAGCAUACGCCAAGAAUCCCAUUAAGGCCGUCAGCAACAAGCGGUUCGUGGUCGGUUUCAACGAGGUACAGAAGCAUCUUGAGCUGCGCAAGGUACGUUUGGUAUUAAUAGCACCCGAUCUUGAACCGAACGAAACGAUCGAUCAGCUGGUGGGCAACGUGAAACUGCUGUGCCGCCAGAACCAGGUACCGUACCUGUUUGCGCUAAAGCGCAGAAAGAUUGGGUUUCAUUUGCUAAAGAAAGCCCCGAUUAGCUGUGUCGGGAUGCUGAGCUAUGCCGGGUGCGACGAUACGGUCAAGCGGAUGCUGGAAAUCGUCGAGCAGGAACGCACAAAUUAUCGCAUUCAGAUGAGCGUCGGAGCAACUUGAAAUGUUGGGAGCAAUAAGGUGCCGCUCGAUCGUACGGUUAACCUCGGAGGGUUCCAUCAGCUGGGAACCUUAGAAGUGAGAUGCAUACUCUAGUCAUUCCAUUGCGUGGACGUGCGUGUAGUGGAGGUUUUUCCGCCAAACCAACCCCCUUAACGACCUCAGUCCCAAUCCCUCUUCCGAACGAAAACUCCUAGUCAGUUGCAGCCUACUUCUUCUACUAGUACCAGUACUACUAGCGCAAGCAUGUCUAUCAUCCUUAUAAAUGUGAGUGUUAUCAUCCAUCAAGGCCACGGUGGUGCACCACCGUUGGCGAUGUGCGCGAUUCUCAAUUGUUGUACGGCAAUGUGUGCAAACCCUUAUUUUAUGAAAUAACAUAAUAAACGUACCAGUACCGAAAUCCAUUAAAAUGGAUGCAUUUAAACGUAA